AUGACGGCCUUUAUCGCGGCAUACCCACCCCUCGGCCAAGUCACGCAGCUCCAGGAUGGUGAUGUGACAUUCCAUGUCGUUCUCGAGGUCCCCUGUGAACUCAAGGCUGAGCCAUGGCAGCUCACUCUCUGGUCCUUGAACGGUGAUGGGUCGGAAUGGGUCGAGACGGAGUGUAUCCUGAGUCAACCAGAUGGUCAGCCCACAGACCUACACCAACCCGCGGGGACGACCGAAAGGCUGUAUUUCACAGCUAAAUUAGUCGUCCGUUCCUCGCUCACCUUUACAAUCAAGUUCCGGAGACGGACUGGUGCUGAGGAGUGGCGAUGGGUCCGCGAUGAGCAACACUCAGACGAUGGGGUGGUUGUGAUUAACCAGAAGCCAACACGGGAGGGCGACCCCGAGCAGUUGCCGGACCUGAUUCCGAAUCUCAACCCAGACCUCAAGUGGAAGAGCCAUCUGAGCCAAACUCCCAGGACUCGACUAUGGUCCAUCGAGGCUGACGUAGAAGGGGCAAAGGGGCACGAAUCGACAUUUCACCAAACUCCGGUCGGUAUUCCAUGGGGUCGAUUUCUCAGGUGGUUUGCUUUGGUCAGGACCUCGACCCCUUGGCUUGCUCCAAGGCAAGGAAAGUCAGAGUUUGGCCCCGACAAAGAUGCCUUACUUUGUUCAUUUCUUUCCGCCCAAGGCAAGCACAUGGUUUUUCUCGGGAUGAGUGGGAUCAACGAUGUCACCACCUUGUUCCGAGGUGGUGAUUCCGGCGGCUUGACGCUCCAUAUUCGGAGUGACAACGCGGAACCAGCGACGGGGACUGCCCUAGCAGCAAUCGGGGAUGAUUUCGAGAGCACGAUUGCUGCUGUCAUGUACCACGCCCGUUCUUUGGUCAUGGGAACGAGUGCAUCUGCCACCCAAACUGUGGCCGAGACCAUACCGAAAGGUGAUGUCGGGGCCCAGUGGUAUGAAAACUGGUACGACGGUUUGGGAUAUUGCACCUGGAACUCUCUGGGCCAGAAGCUAACCGAAGAGAAGGUUCUGAAGGCACUGGACACUCUAGCAGAGAACAACAUCAGGAUAUCCAACCUUAUCAUUGACGACAACUGGCAAGACAUCGACUACCGCGGUGACGGCCAGUGGCAAUACGGGUGGAACGACUUCGAAGCCGAACCGAAGGCCUUUCCCAGGGGCCUCAAAGCUCUCGUCUCUGAUAUUCGCUCAAAACACAAAAACAUCCGGUACAUCGCGGUUUGGCACGCCCUACUAGGCUACUGGGGCGGCCUCUCCCCAUCCGGCCCGCUCAGCAAGCGCUACAAAACCAUCCAGGUGACCCGCGACGACCCCGAAAAGUCCCAACUUCCCAUCAACAACACCAUGACCAUCAUCGCCCCAUCCUCCAUUCAAACCUUCUACAACGACUUCUACACCUUCCUCACCACCAGCGGCAUCGACGGUGUCAAGACCGACGCCCAAUACAUGCUCGACACCCUCCCGCACCCGCCCACCCGCCGCGCCCUCACCAAACCCUACCUCGACGCCUGGACAUCCGCCUCCCUCCGCCACUUCAGCGGCCACGUCACCUCGUGCAUGUCCCUCACCCCGCCCACCCUCUUCCACUCCCUCCUCCCCCACACGCGGCCCACCAUCGCCUGCCGCAUCUCCGACGACUUCUUCCCCGGCGUCCCCCCCGCCCACCCCUGGCACGUCUUCGCCGCCGCCCACAACGCCUUGCUUGCCCAGCACCUCAACGUCGUCCCGGACUGGGAUAUGUUCCAGACCACCACCCGCCACGACGGAGAUGGCGAUGACGGUGGUGAGAGCAGCUGGGCAACCUUCCACGCGGCCGCGCGCUGCGUGGGCGGCGGGCCCGUGUGCCUGACCGAUGUGCCCGGCCGCCAUGACCUGGCGUUGUUGAAGGCGGUGUCGGGCCCCACGCCGCGCGGGAAGACGGUGGUCUUCCGGCCGAGUGUGCCGGGCAGGGCGAUGGAUGUGUAUAAUGAGUACCGCGGUGGUGGUGACGGGGCGGCGGCGGCGGCGCUGUUGAAGGUGGGUGCGUACCAUGGAAGGGCGGGGACGGGGACGGGGAUUGUGGGUGUGUUUAAUGUCCGGGUGGGGGGCGUGGUUACGGAGGUGUUGCCGUUGGGGCGGUUUCCGGGUGUGGGGGGUGCGGAGGCGGGGGGCGGGUAUGUGGUGCGCUCGCAUGCCACGGGCCGGGUGACGCGCCCGCUGGAGGUCGGGUCGCCGGCGGCGAUGCUGACGGUUUCGCUGGGGGGGAAGGGGUGUGAUGUGUUCUGUGCGUAUCCGCUGCAUGCGGUGCAGUCAAGGACGAGGGGGGAGGUGUUGCUUGCGAACUUGGGGUUGGUGGGCAAGAUGACCGGGUGCGCGGCGGUGCUGAGAACCGUGUUCGAGGUUCGUGAGAAUGGGAGGAUGGUUGUGGAUGCAACGGUCAAGGCGUUGGGGGUGUUGGGCAUUUACAUCUCGGCGCUUCCCGAGCUGUCGCUCAAUGACGACUUCAUGGUGACUAUCCAGGGGCAGCCGAUCCCUCCUCACACUGCGUCUGUCAGCAAGCAGGAUGAGCAUGUCCUCGACGUGGAUAUCGAGACAGCGUGGAACGAAAUGGGACUCGAGAGUGGGUGGGCGAACGAGGUGCAGGUGAAGGUUUACUUUGCUUUGGAGAAGAGACACCACCUCAUGAAAGAGGAGGAUUUCCCUACGUGGCCCGACAACCUGAUCAGCGCCCUCAAGAGAGCCGAUCUCCACGACCAUAUCCUCAGGGAGGUCCCGGAACCAGCGGACAACGCCGAGAAGGAGAAGUGGAAGAAAGAUAGAGCUGCCGUCGAUAACUGCAUCCAGAAGACUGUCCCUCACCAAGUGGUGUGGACGACCUUGAAGACCAUGGGCUGGGAUAUCACGGAACAGAACCCGAAGUCGACCCUCGAUAAAUUGACGCAAUACUUCGACGACGAGGACAGCCAUGAGGCCAAUUACUCAUUAUGCCGGGAACUGUUCACGAUCAAGAGAGAGAACUACAACAAGUUCUCCGCGUUCCAACAUCGGCUGAACUACUUCCGCCAGAGACUCGAUCAAACCAAGGGCUAG